GCAUCGCAGGCCCAGGCGGCCCAACUCAACUCCCUGCCCGACCUCGUUCCAACUUCCAACUCGGCAACUCCUUCCAGAUCGAAGCAUCCCGCCGCCUCCCUGCUCGUGGGCGGCCUCUGGCGUGGAGUGGAGAUCCGCUCGUUGGCGGCCUCUGGCAGUCUGGCGUGGAGUGGAGAUCCAUCCAGACUUACUGAUUUCUUCAUUCGUUGAUCUGAAAAGCAGUAAUAUGGCAACUCUCAAAGAUGCGGUGGCAAGAAAACCAAUUCUAGCAACAAUCCGUCUUAUAGUUCCUGCUGGCGCUGCACGUCCAGCACCACCAGUUGGACCAGCUCUGGGUUUCUAUAGGCUUAAUUUGAUGGCAUUCUGCAAAGAUUUCAAUGCCAGGACACAGAAGUACAAGGCAGAUACUCCAAUGCAAGUUACUUUGACUGCCUACAAGGAUAGUACUUUCGAGUUUGUAGUCAAGUCUCCUUCAGUUUCAUGGUUUCUGAAGAAAGCUGCAGGCAUUGAGACUGCCAGCAGCCGGCCAGGCCACAACGCAGUGUCAUCCCUGACUCUUCGCCAUGUGUAUGAGAUUGCAAAACUGAAGCAGUCUGAUCCAUUCUGCAAGCACAUGUCAAUUGAGGCGUUAUGCAAAUCCAUCAUUGGGACAGCUAACUCCAUGGGCAUUGAAAUUGUUAAAGACCUUUGAGUGGGCUGGCAGUCUAAUCUCAAGCACAAUUCGUUGGACCAAUUUCAAGCACAAUUCGUUGGACCAAUUUCAAGCACAGUUUGUUUUCUCAUCUGCUUGAGUUCGGUUUCGUUUGAUCUUGACGAAAUAGAGAUAUUUGACUAGUGUAGGAAGUAUUUUGUGCUUCUUCUGUAUCAGCUUCUAUCUGCACUCUCAGAUGCAGCAACUAAUAUUAAAUAAUAUGUUUCUUCUCAUGUCUUGCACUUC